CUUCUAGAGUCACCUCGCAAAAUGAGGGUACCCGUCCUCUUUCAUCCGCAAUUGCGCUCCGUGCUUCCCCGACCUGUGCGGAGAGAGCUUUGUAGCGCGCUGGUCUUCGUUCGGCCAAAGACAACACACAGUCCCUCGCGAUCAUCGAAACUAGAACCCUCGUCGCUCAAACUGAAAGAAAGCAACACUCAUGUUCCCCGAAGCUCCUUUCCUUCCUCUCCAGCACCCUCGAAGACGACCAUCCGAAGAGGACCGCCGGAAAGAAUACUGAUAUAUCAUGGCGGAACCGGGAGAACCAUUUUUCUUGGGAUGCUGCGAAUAACGACCAUUUUCCUCUUUGGUGUUUCUUGCUUGGUGGUCGCUCCAGCCUUCAUGUCCUCCGACUUCCCUUCAUAUCUAGCGCCCGCGGUCGUCGUGGGCGGCGCAUUGCCAAUGCUCUUCAUAUCAUAUACCUCCGCCCCCUUUGUCAAUUUUGUCCAUCUCGCGAUCCCCGUGUUUGCUAGACGAUCCCGAGAGCAAGCCAUACAAUACGCAAAAAACCUUCCCCCCACCGCCACGCUCUAUAUAAAUACCAUGAAGUUCACCACGAUUCCCAGGCAAACGGAAGUACGGUUGGGAGAUCUUGUGGCUGACAAGGCCCUGAUUCGCCCUGUCAGUUUUCGCAACCAAAACCCAGCUCCGUUGCCCUGGUGGAGGGGGAAAGCCCUUCGCCAGUUCUAUACUUCAGAAAAGAGCAAACCUGGCAGGGAGUCGUCGACUUUCUAUCCCGAGCUGUGGGGGGAUGUGUACAAACAGAUACAAAACCGUCAACCGACGAAGAGAAACUGAUAUCACAUUAUAUGAAGUCCUUUGCGGCUGUUGUAUCUAUAAAGCAACGCUGUUGUUUCAUGAUAUGAUGUUAGCUGGGCUUGGAGUCAGGUGUAGAUGGGAUAUAUAGCUGUCACCAGCUACAGUAGCAGUCCUUCACACUUUGUACUUGUAAAGAGAUGGAGAACGCUCUCUAAUAAAAAUCCCUGUGUCUAACAAUGCUAUCAAGUGUUCGCC